CCACCUUUCAGACGACGGACGGACGACGGGUUGUGUUUUCACGAACAAGUGUUUUAGGGACCGAAAAAUGUCAUUCGGAAAUCAUGAUCUCAAAGAAUUAAUUCAAGUUUACAUGUAAUAUAAAACGUAAUGAAGCUCAAUUAGACUAAGUACUUCAAUUUUAGAAGGCUGACUUACACGACGCAGGGCAGAAUGUCUCAUCGAAAAGACAUCAAACCAAGAUUUGGAGAUGUCAGUAUUUAUGACUACGCCAAUGCUCAUGUGGCCGGCAGAAGGGGGCGUCUUUCAAAAUCCGUGGCGACACCCAUUUCAGCAGUUGAGAAUUUAGCCAAGGGUGGUAGAGAAGAUGGCUUACGAUGGGAGCAACGCCAGCAAUGCUUGGAGGAGGGGGACGCAGUGGAAGACUUCGAUCUGAAAGCUAGGACAAGAGCCUUAGAAUCUGAUAAUGAUUCUUCAAAGCCAUUUCUUAUUUUGCCCAUGGACAUUUGGUUUGCUAUUGGCGAGCACAUUCUACCUGAAGGUGUUAAAGAUUUUGCUUCAAUCUGCCGAAGCACCCAAAAAGUUACCAAUAGUGCUAGAUUUUGGUUUGGACUGUACAGGAGGUACUACAAACCAUCAAAUCUGCAACUUUUACCAGCACGACUGAAGCCUGAAAAUAUGACAAUACGUGGUCUAAAAGCCUGUGUCAUUAGAUCAUUAUUUUUUAUUUACCCCCCAUUUGUAGAGAGACUAAAACCAAGAGUUGGGAGAGAAUGUGACCUACAACCAAUUCUUCGUAGAAAGUGUAUUAAUACCUGGUACACAAAUAAUGGAAAAGUUUGGACAUACUGGUUUAAGUUGAAACAAAUUAAUGUACGCAAAGGGAGAUGGCAAUCCUUGUUUAGUUUAGAUAAUAAGAAAUUGCUAGAAAUGGAACAAGAUAUGGCAACUAAUGAUGAAAAAUAUUCUAAAGUUCUUCAGGUAUCCAGUCCACAAUACCUCCCUCUACCAGCCGUUCAUGGGCUAACUUUAAAAAGAGCACUUAUUACGGUAUCACAAGAUAUGAUGGCCAACAAACUAACUCUUGCUUUUGACAGUCAAGAUAUAGUUGUAGAUCCGGCAACUAGUAUACAGGUUCUUGAUUGGUGGCAUCCACUAUACCCUCAUGCAGCUCACCAAGAGGGAAGAAAAAGUUUAAGUUCUUUGAUUUGUGACAAAGACAGCAAUGAGUUUUCAGGAGUAAUAAUAGACCACUGGUAUGAUGUAUAAGCAAGGGAGCAGCAUGCCCUUACUUUUGUCUUUAAUGUACUAAGAAUAUCUAUAACUAUUAAUUAUUACCUUUGUGUAAUAAGAUUGUGAUAGUAAAUGGAUUGUUCAUGUAACUUAUGUGAUGUGUCAAACUUAGACACACUGUGAUAAUUCUUAAUCUGACUCUGCAUGCAAAAUUUUGCUUCUACUUGUAUGUAGUAUGUACAUUCAUACACAAAGUGAAAAAAGAGAGAGGUUUCAACAAAUAAUUUAAAAUAUGUAAACAGGGUAUUUACCAUACUUUGUGUUCAUUAGUGCUAUGUUUGCUGGCAGCACCCAAGUGUACAUCUGUUCAAGGAAAUUGCAUUUUAAAAAAGUUAAUAAUGAACCUGCCAAAGAAACACUUGGUGUGAGAAUGGGCUUAAAAAUCGGCUAUUUAAUGUUGAGGUUUUUCAAUUUUUCAAGAAUUUGUUUCAUUAAGUUAUGUUUAAAACUAUUAUAUGAUACUUGUUAUUGCAUAUAUAUAAUUAUGUUGUAUAUACUGAACUUAAAUGUCAUUGCCUGUGAUUAUCAACCUGUUACUGGGUUAUUUAAUGGGCCCUUUCUGCCUGUCUACAUUUUCUUAAAGUAAACAGAUUUUUCAGUUGUUUUACACUGAAAGAAUGAUACUGUUCCACCAACUCUGAUGUGCCGAAACCUAAAAUUGUUUGGACAGUAAAAAACUGAUUUGGAUUUCUUUGCUGAUCCCUUAAUUUACAUGUUGUGUGACCAUAUUUUUGUAGUCCACUGUACCUGUUGAUUUUGGUGACAGGAGAAAAACAUCAGAAAUAAAUUACACUGAUAUAUUAAAA